AAAUAAUCAUCAAUAUUAAUGUAAGAGAUCUGUUUUUUGAAAGUGAAAGUUUAGAAAAUAUUGGAUGACGAUUCGUCAGAUCAAUAAGACGGUCUGACACACCUGCUGUCCUGAAAAAAAAAUUUUUCUUUGAGCUCUCGGCACAGCAGAUGGUACUUCUCGGUAUAAUAGCCGGAUAAAGUUCUAUGGUAUGAAGAAAGAAAAAAAAAAAGGAAAAGGAAAAACAUAAAGAGGAUGAGAAGGAAGCGGCUUACGAUGUGAUUACUAUUGAGAUUUCAGUUGUGAUCUACCCAACAGUUUAAAUCAGUCUCAAUAAUUUUUUUUACGUUUUAAAAAAAACCCCAAUUCUAUUUUAGUUUAAAAAAAAAUUUUCUCUAAGAUUAAAAUAAAAAAAAUAAAAAAUGACCAUUUCUACUCUAUCUGGUUGAAUCAUCGGUUGCUACUAUAAAAGUGAAUCAUACAUAUAGGUAUAUAUAUUUAAACUUUGAGGAUUCGUACAUAGAGAAUGAUAUAAAAGUAUUUUUACAUGUGUAAAUGAACGCAUGCGCUUGUGAAAACACCGCGAACGCGCUUGUCGUUGUCGGUUUUUUACAUCUCAGCCUCAGCAUAUCUAGACAUUCUGGUCGUGCUUCGACGCGACUCAUGUGACGAAGAACUUGAGGACGAUAGGGCGGGUACUCCGGGUGUGGUUUUUUUAUUAUUAAUUUUAUUGUCAUCACUGAUCAGGACGUGCAACACCAGCCAUCAAGAGUUUUAAUAUUUAUUUUAUGUUUAAAAAGUAAUAAAGUUGUUACCAAAGAAUAAAUAUUUAAAAUAAUCUUACAACAACAGAGCAACAUGAGAUGGAAAGGGUUAUCACCAACAGACAUAGAGAAGCAUAGAGAGAUCAAGACUCAGCUGAUUAUUAAAGAUGAAUAACAUGCUGAUAAUAUAUAAAUAAAUAAUAAAAAUGAAAUGAUAAAAUAAGAGACUCGGAGUAAUAGGAAAAAUCAGAUGCCAUGCAGAGCCGAUUGGAUGGAAAGCUUAUUUUAUUGUAUACAUUAUUGGUUCUGCAGGUUUUCAUAGUGAUGAUAUAUGUGAUAUCAACACCGACAUCUGAAUACGAUGGAUCGACAACGAGAAAUCCUGUUAGUUUUAUUGAAACUGAAACCGUACAGGUGCCUAUUUAUAAUCAAAUAAAACAAACUCCUAAACCGACAACUCGUACAAUUAACGGAGAAAUAAAAUUAAGGGAUACCCGAACGUCGGAAUUUUUUAUAAUUAAAAAUGAGACUGGCUGUUGGAAGGAGGGAUUAGAUGAAGAUAAAAUGAAGACUGUCGGGCGUGAAUUAGAUAGAUGUAUUUGUAAACAGGGGUGGCAUGGUGCUGACUGCGGUGAGCCGGAAGUUGUUUGGCGAGCAAUAAUGGCCAGCAAGCAGAAUAUUAAACUCACGAGACGCAGAACAUCACGAAGAUUGAUUUAUGUAUUUUCAGUCCAUGAUUUUAAUUCAGCAAUUGCUGAAGUUAUUGUGGAGGAACUUUAUCGUGUAGUUGAUCUAUUUGUUAUAUGUGAUUUUAGUAAUUCUGAGGAAAAUUUUAAACAUAAAUUAGCUAAAGGUCUGCUAGAACCUCAGCAGAAUAAAAUAUUGUAUAUCAACGCCGCUGGGAAAGCACGUAAACCAAUGCGUGUAAUAUCGCGAUUCAUUUGGGAAAAAAUAAGUGUCCAAGUGAAAAAUAUAAAACACGACGAUAUCUACGUUAUGACUGACAGUGAAGAGAUAUUGAAUUGGCGUGCACUGAUGUUUCUAAAAGUAUACGACGGCUGGCCACAGCCAAUAGGUUUCCGUCUUCGGUGGUCAGUGUUUGGAUUUUUUUGGCGGCAUCCAUUAAAAACUACAAUCACCGUGGGUGCAUGUACCGUUGGAUUUAUUUACAAUGCAUUUCGCACUAAUGCUGCAGUGCUACGUCAACUGACCGACGAAACUAGUGAACGCGACAAUCUCGGUCUGGUUAUCGGUGACUUAAAUCAUUACGGUGGUUGGUACUGUCAUUAUUGUCAAGCGCCUGCAAAUAUCGUAAAUUUACUGCAACGCGAGGGAAAAAAUAAAGUACCUGAUGGUACAAAAAAUUUAGACGUAGUGUUCAUAGAAGAUCUUAUUGGUGGCGGUGUUUGGAUUGAUGGUAAAACAAAUUUACUGAGAGCUUAUAGAUCACGUGAAUCAUACUUUUCACCCGAAACAGUUAUUGCCAAUGCAUUCAAGUACGACUGGUUAGUUGAUAACUUUUAUGCUAAACUCGAUUACUAUUAAUGCAUUAGCAAUACUCAAGAUCUGUGAUAUUUAUCUUCAUACUCUGGAUUUUCCAUAACUCAAUUUUAUUACAAUUAUUAUUAUUAUUAUUAUUAUAUUAUAUAUAUUAAUUACUAACGAAUUUAUAAAAUAUGUUUUUAUUAAAGUAAAUGUUAAAUUUAUAUAUAUAUUUAGAAGAUUAUAAAAUAGAUAAAUAAUUUGAAAUAAUUUAAAAAAUGAUUAAUUUAAUUAAAUUAAAUAGUUUAUUUUUU